CUUAUGUGAGGAGCGCUAUUGUGCACGCGUUGUGUGACUGCCAUCGCCUCGCGACUAUAAAGUGUUGGAAAGCCGAUCCCCUGGCCAUUGCCUCGUUUCUCGUCGUCGGUGUACGAUCGUCGUCGCAUGCUACACGCUACGGCAUCUUCGCCUCGCUACGCCACCCGCCGUACACGUCGCAUAUAUGCAGUCGGAUACAUCGGGCAGAAAGGAGCAAACAGUCGACAUGAUGAGUGCAGGAGAGACCGUCGUCGAGCCGAGCAACCCGCCUACGAAACCCACGUUCCACUACCAGCGCUACUUCGAGGAGGCGGUAAGGAACGGCGACCGACACGAGCUGCAGCGCGUGCUCGAGACGUUUGAGGGAUGCGUCAACGUGAAUCUGUACGACAAGGAGGGCCAGACGGCGCUGCACCAGUCGUGCAGCGAGGGCAACUUGGAACUUGUCAAAGUGCUCGUGCAAUUCGGCGCCGACGUUCGGCUCGCUAACCGCGACGGCUGGAACGCGCUACACAUCGCGCUAUUUGCCGGCCAUCAGAACGUCGCCGUCUACUUGGUAGCGAACGCCGGCUCCCGCCGACGGUAGUAGAUACGGCGCGCGCGCGCGCCGCGCCGCCGCCACCGCCGACGACUCUCACCUUUCCUCAUCAGGGUGCCGGAUCUACCUCCAGGAGAGGCACGAAUCGCGCCGGGGCGGUGACCCCGGCGUCACCCUCAGUCCGUGAGUGAGUACGUAGUACGUGUCUGAUUGUGCUGAUGACGAUGGUGACCAACCACCGCAGCCCUGACCACGAGAGACGAAGAGAGAGAGAGAGGGAGAGAAAGAGAGAGGAACGGUUCCAGCCGCCAUGGCCAGUAGGACGCACGUACGACGCUCGCAUGUGGUGCAAGUAUCCGAACCUGCUUUGUUGUGAUCUUCUGGACUCGUAUAACCAGUUAGGUUUUGGCCAAGAUGGCCGUUCAGUCUUGCCACGGUUCAUCGUCAAGAGAGUAUCGCGUACGCGUGCGUGCGUGCAUUUGCGUGUACUGGCGCGCGUGUAUGUGUGAGUGUGCGUGCGUGCGUGCGUGCAUGCUCAUCUUUCCUUCGCUUAUCGAAGGGUUUAGAGGACAGUGUCGAACACGGACCCGUAUCGCAUAUUUAAUGAAGCAAAUAUUGUGAUAUACAGCUAUACGUCUCAGUCUGACCAUUAGACGUGGCAAUUCUCACAGCUACGUAUGCCACACCUAUUUUCCCACGGUCUGACUUUGGUCGGCUCCACUGUACGCGCAAGGACGCCGCUGGCCGCGGGCAAGAUGGCCGCCCGGCCUCGUGUGACUGCCUCCACACCGUCCGACCGCUUACACUGCAAUUACCUCUAUAGCACCGCAUAUAUAUUUAUAUAUAUAUAUAUAUAUAUAUAUAUAUCGGUAAAUAUUAAACGCCAUUUCCAUCCAUCGUCGACUCACGUGUAUUGAUGAGAUUAUGAACGAACGAUGUUCGCACGAGAGACAAUUGCUGCUUCUGUCCGGAUGUUUAUUUUCGCCUGGAUCUUUUCCACCACCACCUCCUCCCCCACCCUCCUGCGGCUGGUCGAGAGCUAGCGGAUAGCUUAUCUAACUAUGAGUGAACGACGUGCGUCCCAGUUUAGCAGUAGCCUGAGACAAUCUCAUGCCGACUGUCGAUGGCCGAUCACCCCGUUGCGGCGUGCACGCAGGGAGGCACCAGCGACCGGACGCGCGAUAUGAUGCGAUAUGACCGUUCAAUGCAAAUAGGAUCGACUUCGUAUCGCCCGACGAGUAAACAAGUCUAGCUUCGAGUGGCAGCGGUGCAAACGAUAUCGCGGUCCCGCGCGCGAGCAUCGAUGGCGCCCUCCCUCCCCAUCGUCUCCCUCGUCUUCUUCUUCAUUCUCCCCCUCUUCUUCUUCAUCCUCCUCCCCACAAGCGAGCGGAACCGCGGAGCAGCAGCAGCAGCGGCAAAUUUGAUCGGAGGAGGCGUGAGAAGGCCUGCAAGUAACAGCCCUAGCGACCAAUCAAGCUGGUUGAAGGCGGCGUGAGAAUAUAGUCAACACCAACAGCAGCAGCAGCAGCGACCGACCAACUUAGUCGCAGGAGCGGUGAGAAUAUAGUCAACAACAGCAGCAGCAGCAGCGACCGAC